AUGGAUACAAGAACGCCUUCGGACAGCUCAGAGCAGGGUGAGAAGGUUCUUCUAAAAGCUUCACCUAUGAAAAGUGUGAUGAGUCUUGGGGAAAAGGGCAAGUUGAGCCCACUGUUCAUUGGCCCAUUAGAGGUAUUGGAGGGAGUUGGUGAGGUUUCUUACAAGCUUUCUUUGCCUCCUAGCCUAUCAGGGGUUCAUCUGGUAUUUUGUGUUUCUGUGCUCCGGAGGUAUAAUGAAUAUAGGUCACAUGUUUUGGACUUCAGGACAGUGCAUUUGGAUGAGCAUUUGUCCUAUAAAGAAGUGCCAAUACCUAUUUUGGAUAGAGAAUUUAAUAAUUUGAGGUCAAAGGAAAUCACUUCGAUGAAGGUGCUUUUGGAAAGGACAACCGAGCGAGAAUGCUAUUUAGGAGACCGAGUCAGAUAUGAGAAGUAG